AGCUGUCCCUGGCUUGAAGAGUAUUACAGCCUGGUCGCCUAACUUUCCUCAGGUGAUCCCGGCCACAGCCUAUUGCCUGCGGCCGCCGGUGCAAUUUACUUGCAGUCCCCGAAGAGUCCCAGAGUCCCUCCGAAGCGGCAGCGGCAGGUCCAUGGAGAAGGGUCCGGUGCGGGCGCCGGCCAAGCCGCGGGGUGCCAGGUGCAGUAAUGGGUUCCCCGAGGGGGAGUCGCCGCGACCGGGGCCGAGCGGGCCGGCCGAGAAGCCGCCGCGGCCGGAAACCAAGAGCGUCCAGCCGGCGGACGGCUGGAAGGGUGAACGGCCCCGCAGCGAGGAGGAUAAUGCGCUGAACCUCCCCAACCUGGCGGCCGCCUACUCGUCUAUCCUGCGCUCGCUAGGAGAGGACCCCCAGCGGCAGGGACUGCUCAAGACGCCCUGGAGGGCGGCCACAGCCAUGCAGUUUUUCACGAAGGGCUACCAGGAGACCAUCUCAGAUGUCCUAAAUGAUGCUAUAUUUGAUGAAGAUCAUGAUGAGAUGGUGAUUGUGAAGGACAUAGAUAUGUUUUCCAUGUGUGAACAUCAUCUGGUUCCAUUUGUUGGAAAGGUUCAUAUUGGCUAUCUUCCUAACAAGCAAGUCCUUGGCCUUAGCAAACUUGCGAGGAUUGUAGAAAUCUAUAGUAGACGAUUACAAGUUCAAGAGCGUCUUACAAAACAAAUCGCAGUAGCCAUCACAGAAGCCUUGCGGCCUGCUGGAGUUGGGGUGGUGGUGGAAGCAACACACAUGUGUAUGGUAAUGCGAGGGGUACAGAAAAUGAACAGCAAAACUGUGACCAGCACGAUGUUGGGUGUGUUCCGGGAAGAUCCAAAGACUCGGGAAGAGUUUCUAACUCUCAUUAAGAGCUGAACUUCAGCGUGUGUCCUGUGGUUUGCAGAUCGUGCCACUAGAAACAUUGUUUGUCUGGUCUUAACUGUUUGUACAUUCCGUUUCCAGUUGUUACAGAUGUGAACUUUAUCCCUUGUCACUAAUUGUGUUUAAUAAUUAUUUAUAGCAAUGAAAUAAAAAUAAUUAAUAAAGGGGUGAGCCCUCUACUUUCUUCUUGCCACCUUUUAGUGGUAACUGUCAAGGAAACUGCCAAAUAGUGUAAGUUACAUGCACAAACUCACUGCCAUUUGGAUAACCAUUGGGUGCUGGAAAGGAAGAAAAACUCAAGUAGUUUGUUCAAAUACUAUGGUAAUUGGGUUCAUAAGCGUAGGAAUUUUGGGAAUGGGAGGAAAUUAUGGCCAAUAUACUGUUUUUUUUCCCCCUCCCCAAACAAAAAUGGUGUAGUGCUUAAAAUAAUUCCUGUACAGCAUGCAGCAUUGCUCUGCAAACACAAAGUCCAACAGGCUCCACCAUAAUCACAUUUCAUAAACUGCCAGGGCACUUUAUUUUUUAUAUAUUUAUUUUUUAACUGUCCAGUUAUAAUGUUAGUCAUGAAAGGGAAGGUGGUAGGAUAUCUAUGUUUUUGAUUUUACUGUGAGCUAAAAAGGCACGUUUCUACUUUCUGUUCUUUUUUAAAUUCAAGUACAAAGAAUUUGUUCCUUUUGUUUACGAAUGUAUUCCCAUGUCAACAUACAGGGAUUUAGACAUUUAACUCUCUGUGCCUUGAUGCGAAUAUCACACCACUUAGAGUGUAGCUACCUUUGCCAUUUUUUAAAAAGCCAUUAUUUUAUGAGACUUAAGUACCAACACUGCAAAUAACUAGUCCUCACAAUUUUACCUUUAGAAGUCUCUUGCAAGCUUACUUUGUGUAUUCCUUGUAGAUGCCUCAAAACUUUUUUUUAAAGUCUUAUCAAGUAUUUUUCUAUGUAUUUCCAGAAACUUUUGAGAAUGUCCAUCAUUUUCAGGUCUGCAGAGCCAUAGCUUCUGUGAAUAUGAAAGAUGGCAGAAUGAACUAACCGUGGACUGCAUUGUGACCGAUACCCAAUGUUUAAUGAAAGCUGCAUUGUUGGUGCCUAUGAAAAUGCACUGUAAUUUUCUGGAAUUACUGGAAAAUAUAGGAAGCCCCCAUAUUGGCUCCUCUUGUGGUCCCUGUGGGUCUUGUCUUCAGUGUAACUGUUCAAGUGGUAUAUAGGUCUUUUCUUCCAGGAAGCUGUUGCCUUAUUAAUGACUACCUGAAAUUUCCUCCACUGGGGCAGUGUGGGGCAAAUUAAAACAACAAAGAAAAAAACCCAACUCCCCUGCAAAAACACAACCACAGUCAUUCCAUGGAAAAGUCUCUUAUUUGGUUGACCUCAUGCUCUUCAGAUUUAUUCUGUUACCUUAAGAACUAAUUGCAGUGCUUUCUUUAACCUUGAUGGUCCUAAAUCUGCCACUUUGAUGUCAUUUGACUUAUGAUGGGACACAGUGGCAGAAGUGCUGUUUAUUUAUUAUUUAAGUUUCUUUAUUUAUUUUGAGAGAGAGUGUGAGCGCACAUGCGCAGAGUAGGGGCAGAGAGAGAGAGAGAGAGGGAGAGAGAAAAUCCCAAGCAGGCUCUGCUCUGUCAGCACAGAGCCCAAUGCAGGGCUUGAUCUCACAAACCCAUGAGAUCAUGACCUGAGCUGAAACCAAGAGUUGUUUGCUUAACCAACUGAGCCACCCAGACGCCCCCAGAAGUAAUGUUUAAAAAAAGAAUUCUUCCCUACUUCUAUUUUCUAUAUUUUUCUAUACUUGGAGUUUCUGAAAUACAGUGUUAAUUCAUUCUGAGUUCCUUUAAAAAAAUCUAAUCUGAUAUAAACAUUAUCCUGCUUAAUGUUUAGACAUUUAAGAACUAGAAUUAAGCACUCAACUCAUGUUUGGUAUUUUAAAGUAAAAAAAGAUGUGAUUUGGAGGACCAAAGAAAUUAUUAGCUAUAAAUUCAUCUUUCUGAGAUCAAUUGUAUUCCUUUUUAAUGAGUCUCUAACAUUUCCUACAAGUGUUCUCAUAAAGGUCUAAUGUAUCUACAGGCUAUUGUCUUAUUGGUAAAUGCAAAGUAAUAAUCUUGUCUGUUUUACUCUAGUCUGCAGUACUUUAAAAUUUUCAUAUCUGUGAAUCCAUUUUGGGGAUUUUUAAGAAUUUGAUGCAUUUAAGUACACUGUUCAAUUGUUUGAAUUUUAUGUAUGCGUGCAUCUGUUCCUGAAGUUGGUUCUAUUGAAAUUAUUAAAGUGUUAUACCAUA